AUGCACAGCACGUAUGUGGCCUACCAAAUGAAAUUUUGUACUCUUUUGAAUGGCUGUUUUGGACGCAGGUCAUAUACGUCCUAUUUUGUUUUGUUUCAUCUAGCUGCUCUUCAGGCUCUAAAACGCAAGAAGAGGUAUGAGAAGCAGCUUGCACAGAUAGAUGGCACGUUAUCAACAAUUGAGUUCCAGAGGGAAGCCCUUGAAAAUGCCAACACCAAUACGGAAGUGCUGAAGAAUAUGGGCUUGGCUGCUAAAGCUAUGAAAGCUGCUCACGACAACAUGGAUAUCGACAAAGUAGACGAAUUGAUGCAGGAUAUUGCAGAACAGCAGGAGCUGGCAGAUGAAAUUUCAACAGCUAUUUCAAAACCUGUAGGAUUUGGGGAAGACUUUGAUGAGGAUGAACUGAUGGCAGAAUUGGAGGUACUAGAACAGGAAGAAUUAGACAAAAACCUGCUGGAGAUCAGUGGUCCUGAGACAGUACCACUACCAAAUGUGCCCACAAUAUCAAUACCAUCAAAACCAGCCAAGAAGAAGGAAGAAGAAGAUGAUGAUGACAUGAAAGAGUUGGAAGCUUGGGCUGGAAACAUGUAGCCACAGGCUGGAAAAACAAAAUGGACUUUGGCCACCUGUUAUAGGUGCAUGUGUAGUGUGUUGGGGAGAAAACAUUAAGCAAAAUGUCUUUAUCUCUUUCAUUUUAACCAAAGCAGUGGGCGCUGCAUUGCUGCACUCUGCAUAGCAUGGUCUGCGCAAGAUAACGGGGUCAGGGAGAGCUGCCUUCAGUUGAUAAUGUUGAAUUUCUGUAAAAUAAAAUAUAUUUGCAAAAUCCAACAUUCAGCUUCCAGACUAUGCUAAUGCCACUGCUGUAUUUUCAUCUUCUAGGGUUUGGGGCGUAUUUAAUCGGAAUGGUCUGAAAUGCAGCCUGUCACUUUCAGUCAGUUGAACGUGCGUCUAGAAGUCUUGUAAGGCAUUUAAAAAGGAAAAGUCCUAAGCCAUCUUUGGCUCUUCAUGUUUAGGUGUAAGAAUGCGUUAGGUUUUUAGUUCUUUGCAAUCUGUAUUUAUUUUCAUUGACUUUGUGAUCACCGUUCUAUCACUGCACUGACCUACUCAUGGUUCCCAUUUUUAAUUAGUGAAAUGGAUUUGAAAUUGAUAAACACUACCUUGAAAAUAUGGGAGAGUUGCACUUAAAAUCCAGCUGUACAUUUUUUUCUACAUAGCAGUGCAGUGUUCAUUGCUAUUUGUGAUAACUGAUAACCCAUUCAGAUACAUGCACACAUCUAUUUUAAUUAAGAAGCUAUGGUUUGCACUGUAUUAAAUAUCAAUUAAUUUUCA